AGACGGGAGGCGUAUCCCGACCUCGCGUUGCUUCUAUGGCACAGCUGCGGUACAAUCACAACGCUUCUACAGGAGGUGGUGGCGAUAUACCCCAUGCUAUCGCCGCCCACGCUCACAGCGGGCGCGUCCAACCGCGCGUGCAACGCGCUCGCCGUGCUGCAGUGCGUCGCCUCGCACCCUGAGACGCGCGUGCUCUUCCUCAACGCGCACAUCCCGCUAUACCUGUACCCUUUCCUGAACACGGUCAGCAAGACGCGCCCCUUUGAGUACCUGCGCCUCACGUCCCUGGGCGUCAUUGGCGCCCUCGUCAAGGUGGACGACACAGACGUGGUCAACUUCCUGCUCUCAACAGAGAUCAUUCCGCUGUGCCUGCGCACCAUGGAGAUGGGGUCGGAGCUCUCCAAGACGGUGGCCACGUUCAUAGUGCAGAAGAUCCUACUGGACGACGUGGGGCUGGCUUACAUCUGCGCCACUGCUGAGAGAUUCUUCGCUGUGAGCGCCGUCCUGGGCAACAUGGUACAGCUACUAGCAGAGCACCCGUCCGUCCGCCUCUUGAAGCACAUCAUCCGCUGCUACCUGCGCCUCUCCGACAACCCCCGGGCUGGCGAGGCCCUCCGAACCUGUCUCCCCGACCUGCUCCGAGACGCCACCUUCUCGGCGUGCCUGCGGGACGACGUCACCACACGCCGCUGGCUCGCCCAACUCCUCAUCAACGUCGGCCCUCCACUGCACCAGGCGGGGGGAGGAGGGGGAGGGGGAGUGGGAGGGGGGCCCCCUGGCCCCCCACAGGCGCUGCAUGGCGGGGGAGGGAACCCUGUGCAUGGGGGGCCAGGUGCGGGUGGAGUGGGGAUGCAUGGGGGGGGGGGAGCGGGGGCGUUGCACUCGUCAUCCCCCUCGCCACUCCAUGGGACUUCAUCUCCGAUGCAUGCAGCACAGCGGCCAGGGCAGAUGGGGGGACCCAUGGGCGUGGUGGGGGGCAUGGGCGGGGGCGUGGGGGGGAUGGGCCUUCCCCCCAUGGACACACUUCCCCCUGUGAACUGA